AUGCAAGAGGAGCACAAAAAAGCAAUCCAGAGAAAUUUCUCAUCUCUGGUGGAGGGCACAGACUUAGAUUCUAUGGUGAUGGCUCUCUAUGAGAAGGGAGUGUUUUCCCAGCAAAUGAUAGAACCAUACAGAGAUACUAGUAUCACACCUCGUGAACGGAAACGAAUACUCUAUAGAGAGAUAACACGACGAGGUCCUCAGGCGUUCACAAUGCUUCUAGAGGCUUUACGUGAGAUGGGACACUGGGAUUUGGUGCGUGACCUUGAUCCAAACAGCCCACUACAACUGCGAGCCAGACGACCUGUUUUACCACCUAAUCUUUCAGGACCUCAAGAUAACUUCGUUAGUCUCACUAUUGAAAAACACAAACCAAAAAAUAACAAUAAUGACAUAAUAAAACCGAGGCCCGGCUCGGACGCGCCCGUGCCGCCGCCGCCCGUGAACAGCAGUGAGCCGGUCGCCAUCCCGUGCUUUCACGUGAAGAAGAGCACUCACUUCUUCGAGGACGAUGUGAGCAGGGAUAUCCAGUUGUACCGCACGCGGAGCCGGAAGCGAGGAGUUUUAGUCGUGUUCAGCUACAUUUCGUUCCUGCUGAACAUCGAGCCCAACAGGGACGGGGUCAACGUGGACUGCGACAAGUUGAAGUACUUAUUCUCAGAGAUCGGCUUCGAGGUGCUCACUUACCAGAACUUGACUUUGGAGCAAACCCGCGCGACCCUGGAGCAGAUGUCGUCGGUGCUGGCGGGCUACGAGUGCGUGUUCCUGGUGGUGUCGUCGCACGGCCACGAGCGCCGCUACUCCUCCGACACGGACAUCCGCUGCAGUGACGGCAAGUUCAUCUCGCUCUACGCCAUCGUGGACUACUUCAACAACAGGAAGCUGCCCAACUUCACGGACCUCCCGAAGGUCUUCAUCUUCCAAGCUUGCAGGGGCGAGAACGAGGACUUCGUGCAGGGCGGCGGAGCGCUGGCGCCGGCGCCGCAGGUGGCGCGGGACGGGGCGGUGCGGGCCCCCCGCGCGCCGCACCACCCCGCGCCCCUGCCGCUGCACCACGCCGAGAAACCGCUCUACUCCAACAUACUCAUCGCUAACUCCACCCUCCCAGGGUUCAUCUCCCACCGCGACGUGAAGGCCGGCUCCUGGUACAUCCAGGUCCUGUGCGAAGUGUUCGCCGAGCGCGCCCACGACUGCCACGUGGACGAGCUGUUCACGCUGGUGGACAAGCGCCUGCGCCUGCGGUUCGGGCGGCAGACCUCCUCCGUGGACCGCUGGGGCUUCAACAACAAGCUGUACUUACACCCCGGUCUGUACGAGUGACCACCCACAAGCGACUGGACCAAUAUUGACGAAAUAUACUGUUUAUAAUCUCAUUACUAAACGUAUUGAACUUACACGCCGGCCGGAGGGGUGCCGGGGUCCAGCUUCAGCUAAGAAUGGAAGUGCUACGUGCAUACGGAGGUGUACGAACCCACAGUGUCCACGGCCAUGAACUCUUUGAACACAUUUAUUGUUUGAUCAAUUAAUAAUUUAGUUAUCCAUUUGAUAACGUACUAGUAUUAUUUUGCUAAA